AUGGGAGCAGCUGCGCCAGACGUUGGCCAAAGGACACAGAUAACAGUCCUACCUACUCCACCUUCUGACACAGCUCAUCCUGUUGGCGUAGAACUGAGUGAACCAGUCCCUCCACCACCAAUGAAAAAACAAGAACAAGAUAGCGGUAAUGAGCUUUCCAGCUCAAGCCUAGACAGCCACGAUUCUACUGCAGCUUCUACAGGGCUUCCCCCCGAGGAACCUGAAGAACCUCCCCCCGAGGAACCUCCCUCCGAGGAACUUGAGGAACCUCCCCCCGAGGAACCUCCCCAUGAGGAACCUCCCUCCGAGGAACUUGAGGAACCUCCCCAUGAGGAACCCAAGGAACCUCCCCAUGAGGAACCCAAGGAACUUCCCCCUGUAACGGACCUUUCUCCUCCAUGUGAAAAUCAAGAAAACCCACCACGGCCCAACACUUUAGACUUGUCUCAUUCUCUUCCGGAGAGUCACCAAGUAAAUAGCCUGGAGUUCCAAAAACCAAAUACGGAAGAAACACAGGAAAAUGGUAUAGAGAGCUGUCCAGAGGCCUCCAAACCGAACAAAGAGAAGAAGGCACUUGAAGGGGAGUUAGUGAAGUGCAUUGAGGAAUAUCGAAAAAUUAAGAUUCCAGCAUUUCGUAACAAGAAACGCAACUGGCAGAACGACCUUCUGAAGAAAUACGAACUCUGAGAUACUUAGAUUGUCACACAGAAAAGUUUGUAUAUGUUAUUUUUUUUUAAAGAACUGUAUCACUCGGAAUCAAAGCUUUUAGAGGGAAACUCACUUUGCCUAUUCAGGGCAAAAAUCACAGCGUCACCCAAUGAUAUCAGUUAUAAGUAGGGAUGAGCCGAACACCCCCCUGUUCGGUUCGCAUCAGAACUUGCGAACACACCAAA